AUGUCUGUGCCACGAGCUGCUCUGCGCAAGAUCCCCGCACUGACAGCAACUCGACGAGCCCUCACCUCUGUUACCACACGGAACACGGCCUCGACCCUGAGGAUGUCUUCUCCUCAGACCAUUGCAAAGCGGCGGUUGCAUGCCACGUCUGCUCACCUACAAGCCGCCGCCGCAGUCGCGCCUACCUCGGCAGAGACCUCACAUGAAAAGAUCCAGAACGUGGUUGACACAACCAACUUCCUCGACAACCAAUUCACACCCUCCCAGACCUCACAAUGGAUCGACCUGCACGACCCCUCAACGAAUAACCUCGUCACCCGCAUCCCUCAGUCGACUGACGCCGAGCUCAAAGCCGCUGUUGAAUCAGCACAAAAAGCAUUUCCAGCAUGGAAGGCCACAUCUAUUAUGCACCGGCAGCAGGUCAUGUUCAAGCUCACACAUCUAAUCCGCGAGAACAUGGACAGACUAGCCGCCUCAAUCACCCUUGAGCAAGGCAAGACCUUUGCUGACGCCAAAGGCGACGUUCUUCGCGGCCUACAAGUCUGCGAGGGCGCCUGCGGCAUCACGACCCAACUCGUUGGCGAAGUCAUCGAGGUAGCAAAAGAUAUGGAGACACGCAGCUACCGUGAGCCUCUGGGUGUUACAGCCGCCAUCUGUCCCUUCAACUUUCCCGCCAUGAUCCCACUGUGGUCGAUCCCACUCGCAACCGUCACCGGCAACACCCUAAUCCUCAAGCCCUCCGAGCGCGACCCCGGCGCAGCCAUGAUCCUCGCCGAGCUUUGCGUCAAAGCCGGCAUCCCGCCCGGAGUUGUCAACAUCGUGCACGGCGGCGCCAAGACGGUGGACUUCAUUCUCGACGAGCCCGCCAUCAAGGCCGUCUCCUUCGUCGGCAGCAACAAGGCCGGUGAAUACAUUUACACCCGAGGCAGCGCCAACGGAAAACGCGUACAGGCCAACCUCGGCGCAAAGAAUCAUGCUGCGGUAUUGCCAGACUGCAACAAGAACCACGCACUCAACGCUAUCUCCGGUGCUGCCUUUGGCGCCGCGGGCCAGCGCUGCAUGGCUCUGUCAACUCUCGUCCUAGUCGGCGAAACUAAGGAUUGGAUGCCGGAACUCGCCGAGCGCGCAAAGGCACUCAAGAUCAACGGUGGCUUCGAAUCGGACGCUGACUUGGGACCACUGAUUAGCCCGCAGUCCAAGAAGCGCGUGGAAGAUCUCAUCGCCAGCGCCGAGAAGGAGGGCGCAACGAUCCUGCUGGACGGCCGUGGCCAGAAACCCGCGGACAGCAAGUACGCCGACGGCAACUGGGUCGGACCAACCAUUAUCACCAACGUCAAGCCGCACAUGAAGUGCUACACUGAAGAGAUCUUUGGACCCGUACUGGUCUGCUUGAAUGUCGAGACGACCGAGGACGCUAUCGAGCUGAUCAACGCGAAUGAGUAUGGAAACGGCGCAGCUGUCUUCACCCAAUCUGGGCCUACCGCCUCCCUCUUCCAAAAGUCUCUCGAAGCAGGCCAGAUCGGCAUCAACGUCCCCAUUCCCGUCCCGCUGCCCAUGUUCAGCUUCACGGGCAACAAGAAGUCCGUCGCAGGUACAGGAAUGGCCAACUUCUACGGUAAGGAUGGCUUGAGGUUUUACACGCAGUGGAAGACGGUCACGAGCCAUUGGAGGGCGGAGGAUGCGAUCGGGACGAAGAGUGAGGUUAGCAUGCCUACGCAUUCAUAG